CGAAACAACAAGAUCACGGCGUGGCGCCUUCCGUACCGUCCACAAUACGAAAUGUAUCGAACGGGGAAAUUGCGAUUCUCGAAGUGUCGGAACGAUCGAGACAUCGAAGUGUCGGCCCGACCGUGGCCGACCGUAAUGAUUAUUUUUGUUAGGUUAGGAGAUAACUCCACUUGAAAAUGUUCAAACAAAUUUUCCGACCGUUCGGGUCGUACGGAUCAAAUCAAGUUUUAUCAGGUACAUCAAAAAAAGCUGUCGCAAUAUAUCCCAAUGUGAUUCAACAUCAGGAUGCACAAACGUUUUGUACUGCUACAGCUACAAAAAAAUGGGACUUAUACAGCGCUGUCUGUUUAGAACGUCAUCCAGUUAUAGUACAGCCAAUGGAAGAGAUCGAAUUGAAAUUUCAUAAUAUGUUAAGGAAAAUUGAAUAUGAAAAAAGUCUAAAGUCUAAUCAUGAAUUGCGGAAAGAAAAUGAACAGAAAAAGAAACCAAGCAGCGACAUGGAUGAUGACACAAAUGUCAAUAUUUUGCAAACUGCACAGGAUAUUGAGGAGAGCUAUCAAGAGGAACUUGACAAUUUUAAAUUUGCACCAACAAUUACAAAAUUUGAUGAACAAAAUAUAACGUCAUCCUUGAAACGUAAAUUGGACAAAAAUUUGAUGUUAUUAGUACAACAAAAAAUAGGUAACUCGCAUUAUUGGAUACCUCCCCAAGGUAUUCGAAAAGAAGGAGAAACCAUGAGACAAACUGCAGAGAGAGUAUUACAAGAAGCAUGUGGUGCGGAAAUAAAAGUGAAAUUUUAUGGAAAUGCACCGAUUGGGUUCUAUAAAUAUAAAUACCCCAAAAAGCUUUGCGAACAAGGAAUUUACGGUGCUAAAAUAUUCUAUUUUUUGGCAAAACAUAUAGACGGCGAUGUCACCAAUAAUGUAAAGUACCAGUGGUUGGAUCAUGAUGAAGUAGAAAAAGCGUUACCUAGUGGAAUGCAACAAAGCAUUUCACAAUUUAUGUUAUUUACUUAAAAAAUAAUAUAUAUAAAUAUUAAACUCACA